GGCGUGGCCGGCGGCCGUUAUGGUCCCCUGCUCAAGCUCCCGGUUUCUUUCUUCAAGCAAUCGCUCCUCGGGCUGGGUUGCAUCAAGCUGUGGGAGGCCGGGCAUGGUGGUCGGCAGAGCGUCGCUGAGACGAUGCGUCGCGCCAUAGUCAGUGGUCGGGGAGAUACGUUUGUGGCCGUCAACGCAUCCGCAUGGCCACGAAGCAUCCUCAUGGAGAUUGACUUGCACCCCUUCUCAACAGAGAAAUCCUACCGCUAUCAAGCCAGAUGUGGAGCCUACAGCCAUGGAGGUCAUCAACACUCUGAGUGUCGUAGAAGGUGGCUCGCCUGAAGGGUCGCUCGUCAGGCGGUGGCUCUUUGUUGCGAUCCUGUGCGAUGUAUGUGGCUGUGUGGCCGUCGGGGUGUGGUUGCCUGAGCCGUGGCCAAAGACAGCCGACUCGACGGCUCAGCAGCGGCACCGUAGGCGCCAGACGGGGCGGCGAGGGCGAUGCGCGGCCAGGAGAGGCGCCGUCCCACCCCAGGCGGACGAGCAGAAGUCGGCGAGAGCUAUUGCUCAGCUCAAGAGGGACCUUCAGGGGGCCAUAGAGGAGAAAGACAGGUAGGGCACAGACAUGGACACGCACCGACAAACCCGCAAUUGCCGUGGCUGUGCGUCAGGUUGGAGCUGGGCAUUGCGGCGUUGCGGACCAAUUGCGACAAGAUGACAGCAUCCCUGCGGCCUCUCGAGCCAGUGGCACGACGAGCUGCUCCAGGAGGCGGCCAAAGGGUACGCAUGAGUGCAGCUCAGACAGACAGAUGGAUGGAUGCAUGGGCGUAUGAUCAUUGGCCUCCCAGGUUGACAAGGGAGCGUUUGGGUGCCGUCAACGACCCCAAGGCCGUCCAUGAGUUCAAGCGGCAGAUCAAGGAGAGGCAACAGCAGCUGCUGGCCCUCUUUGCCGUGGCCAGCAUGCUGCAUGCCUUGGUCGCCAUCAAGUGGGGGUCCCUCCGGUACUUCGACAAGCCCCCGACGCUCGUGUGUUCCCCCUGCAAGCAUCCGAGUCUCUGUGCGGCGUGCUACGAAGGACUCCUGCGCUGUCACGAGGCGGCCAAGAGAGAGAAGCAGCGGCUCGAGAGAGCCCACAGGCGGCUGCCGGACGCCGUGCGGCGUGAUGCCGUCCUCAGGUACCCCUACUGCAGGGCGACAGCUGAGUCUCCACAUAACGACUUAAAUGCAGCUGGGGGGAGGAGGGCGGGAGUUGUACAGUCCUGGUUUUAAGAAAGGUCGACUGCCUGUCUGUUCUGACCGUUCUUGCUGCUUGCAUAACUGCGUCAGCUGCGCAGGGUAGCAGCCAUUAGCCUCCAUUCUGGGGGACAGUGUGUGCCGUGUGUGGUUUAGGUCCCGUGCUGUCUGAUUUAUGCCGAUUGUGGUGUGUCUGUAUCUGUGUGC